GCACGAUAUUUUCCUCUUUCUUCCUCCUUCAUUUGGCCGGCGGUGUUUGUGCAGUGAACUUGUGGUACGGUGUCCGUAACACGUGCUUAUUUUUGAAUUCUUUUCUCGAGUUUCUAAUUCCUGUUAUAAUAAUGGCAGACGCAGCCGUCGAAAAGAAGGAUGCCGCCCCCGAGGAGGUCACCUCCACAGAGAAGGAGUCUCCAGUAAAGAAGUCGCCGGCAAAGAAGAUCGCAGAGCCAGAGAGCAACGGCAAGGAGGAGAACGGCAGUGAUGACGCACCAGAGGAGACCGUCGCCGAAAAUGGGGACACAGAAGAGAGCAAUGAUGCCACAGAGAAUGGAGAUGCCACAGAAGAAACGAAAGAGACUGGCGUGAAGAGGAAAUCCGUUUCAGCUGACAACGGUGACGCCGAGAAGACCACGCCAGAGAAGAAGGCGAAAGUAGUAGAGGAGGCUCCGCCCUCCGAAACGGAGGAGGCCGCCGCUUAAGUUCCUCUUCUGAUACAUAUGCUUAGUUUACUGCAAUGCAUCCAUGUUCAUUAGGGCUCAACUCUCCCCUAACUAUAACAUAUCCUUUUAUACCUAACGUUACUCUCAUGCCAAAACAGUUAAAAUAAUAUUUUGUAUAUUAAUCUGGUUACGACAAACGAGUUGAGCUCUUUUGUGACCACAUUAAGUUUAGGUUUAUAAUAAUACAUUAUGUAUUUAACAUACCUGUGAAGUACCUGUAAAGUGUAAAUUAAUGUUGAUACUGUCGUCAGUCGCGGCUGAGAAGUGCAUCGCAGUGAACUGAUCACUCGGUUUAGGUGUUGUAUGCUGUUUUUGCGUAUUGGUGUCUAUCUCAACAGACUUGUAGCGAAGGGUUAUUGAAUUGAUGAAAGUAAUCUUAUGUCGCGGUAUUAGAUACUUCGUUUCGCCAGUAACAUACUGCCAAAGUACUUCACUUCUAGUGAAAAUCAAUUCAGGAUCCGUUCUGUGAACGACGCGUUUUAUAAAACAGCUUCCGAAAAACAAGGAUUUUAGAUAACUAAGAUUAAUUAAAAUGUUUAGAUAAUUAUUCAGUUGUAAUUUAAGUUUAGCAGUUAAAUGUCGCACAUUUAUAUAUUUCAUAGGCAUUAUUACUUAACCAUUUAAACAUUCCUUUGACACUUUGGUUACGGAUUGCAUUGUGAACUAUACCAACAAAUCUUCGUGUGUUGGGCGGAGUGUGCGUCGAUCGUUUCUAUUCGACCUCAAUACGUUACUGGCAGGUCAACAUGCCGCAGAAUUCUUCCCCCGCACGAGGACGGUCAUAAUAAGUAACCAGUUCACUCUGCGACGCUAAUUUUAAGACUUGGAAUUUAAUUAAAGUUCAAAUUUGACAAAUAAGGUGAUAGUUCAUAUUGACAUUAAUUUUGCGUGCUAUUUCGUAUUUCUAUGAACAUGUUUAUUUUUCUUAAUGAUUCUAAUUUAUUUGCUUCUCAUUUUAUAUGUGAUAGA